AUGCUUUAUCCGCUCGAAAUUAACCACGGAAUUGAACCAGAAAGUGAAACAACUAUAGAAAAUUCUAAUUUGAAAUCAGCGAGAAAGAAAUUCGAAAUACAAGAACCAACUGCAAUGCGUACUCGAGCGUCGACGAAAAGAAUGUCUAAACCUUUCUUAGACUUAGCUCUUGGACAACAAAUAAACAAUGUACAAUAUUCCUAUGGAUGGCGAAGAGUAAGAUGUCAAUCUACAGUAAAUUUUGCACUCACUGAAGGACAAUUAUUAGCCUAUGAUGGAAACGGAUGGUAUCCGAUCUUGGCGGUGCUGAACACUGCAUUAUUCAAAAUGUGUUACGAACAAUAAAAUACUGGCUCAGAAGCAAGAGGAAUUGCAUCUAGCAUGGAACCAAUAACAAAUAGAACUCUUGUCGAACAACUGGAUACUCAAAUUGGCAAAGCAACAGAACUAAUCGAGGAAGAAUUGACAAGCUUUGCUAAUACAUUGGAAAUUGAUUAUUAUUUUUCCUUUUAUUCUUAA